UGUCACUGAAUUCCCAUGUUUAUUGGCACACUCUGUAUGCUGUGGUCCCCAAAGUUUGUGUUUGCAUUUUGGAGCACGGCGUUGAAUUACCUUAAUAAGGGUGUUAUUACAUUAUUAGUGAAAAUGUUUUAUGGGAAAUUUAUAAAUACCAUUAAAUUCUAAUUAGUUUUAAGUAAUGUUUCAACCAAUCAGAUGCUAAAUAUACGUUACAGAAGAAUUAUUUCAACCAUCCAACCUUAGUUGUGUGGAAAACCAAGCCACCAUUUACCCCGGAGUUCUAUUUGAAUUCAAGCCAACAGGCUUGAUCCACAAAGGAGCAGGAAAAGGGAUUAUUUGCCAGGCUAAAGCCAAAAUAGAGUUAGUCGUUACGGAGAACCCGAACCAGGAAGGUUAAUCCGUCAUAAGGUGGAAGAAAGGCGGAGAGUCUACCAGAGAGCUCAGACUUUAUUCAAAUCAUUAGUAUUAAACAUUAUCUGUUCCUUUUUAUGCUGUAAAUACAUUUUUCCUAUACUCUGUAGACUUAUUCACGUUAUUCAUGUUCUUUACUUACAAUAUCCUUUGAUUUACCCUUUUCUAAAAUAUCAAGAAGUUUUAUGCGGAAGUACAUGUAGAGAAACUAUACUAUAUCAGAAAUUAAAGACCGCCAUUAGCCUUAAAUUGUAUGGUUAAAAAAGCUUAAUAUAUUGUAGAGCCUCGAUUGGUAAAAAUUUGAAUGGUCCAAUAUGCGUGGCCAGGGCGUGGUAAACAAGGCUGUGAUUGGUCAAGGUUCUGCUGACGUCACAGCUCUGGUCGAAUGGGAAGGUUUAGUUUACGCGGCAGACGAUAGAGGGGGUAUACAGUGUUUUGAGAAGAACCUGGAUUUAUUGUACAGUUGGACGGCGCAUACCAAUAUUGUAAAUGACCUAGCAGCAAACUCAGUAACAGGAGAUAUAUAUUCCUGUUCUGGGGAUGGAGAGAUUAAACUGUGGAAAACAGGAGGAACCAAAGCAAACCUUGUUAAAACAGUUCAUGGAACAGAUGACUUAUGUUUACAAUCUGAUAGUGUAGAUCAGAACACAUCGUCUGUUAGACGAUUGGUGUGGCAGGGUAAACAGCUGUAUUCAGGAAACCAAAAUGGAGAAGUUUUCAGAUGGUCUCCUGAUUUGGAGUUGCUAUCCCAUCAUAUUACAGGAACAGACAUUUGGAGUAUGUGCAUAAAUGAAAACGAGUCUUGUUUGUUUACAGCCAAGGACAAUGACGUCAUCAUUUCAUCCCAGCUCAAAGAUACGGAUCCUGGUGUUGAAAUACAGGUGAGAUUGGCUGGACGAGCUCCUGUUGUUCUAAACCAAGAUGAAACUCGACUUUUCUGCCUUAGUCGUUCUGGGCUAGAGGUUCAGGUGUGGGGAAAGGGAAACAACAAUUGGAUUAACCUUCAAGAGCUUAGGGGUCAUGAUAUGAUAGUAAACAGUAUGAUACUAUUGGAAGAAAACUAUCUAGCUACAGCUGGCUGGGAUAAAGCUAUCAAAUUCUGGCGACUGAACGAGGGGAACUGUUAUGAAUUAGCGGACUCAAUACAGGUUGAGAGUUACAUUACUUGUUUAUGUUCCAUCUCUGGAUUUAUGUACGCAGGGGGACGGGACGGUAUUGUACUGCAGAUAAAAACAAGUUUAAAUCAAGAUUAAAUAUACAAAUAAAUAUUAUAAAAAAAAGCUG